UUACGCCCAAGGAGGUGCAGUGAGACCAAGGCGAAAUGGGUUCUUGGAAAGAAGACACACAAGCAAUUGCUCUUGCUGCAUGACUCGUCUCUCAUUCAUGCCUCCUCAUCUUUCCAGCCCUUUGCCAGCGUUGCUACUGAUGCAUUUUCCUUGUUGAACUAUUCACCACAACAAUGGACAAAUACCUCCGAACGUGGCGGCAAGACGCCCUCAACAAGGGCCAGCACGAUGCAGCCAUCUAUAUUGGUGACAAGGUCCUUGCCCUGACCAACAAUGACGCUGACGCCUUCUGGCUGGCCCAAGUCCAUUUUGGCCACAAUAACUUUACUCGUGCUCUAGCUUUGCUGCUUCGAAAAGACCUGAUCAAUCGGAGUCUCUCCUGUCGAUACCUGGCCGCCCAUUGCUACGUCAAACAAGGCAGAUAUGACCAAGCCCUUGCCAUCCUCGGCGAGGAAAACCCUACGCACUUGAUCACCACUUCCCACAAUGCCAGAAGAAAGCUGGCACAUAUCAAUGGCCACUCCCAGAGGAAUAUCACGCAAAGAGGAGCCAAAGCUCAGCGAGACAGGAUCGAGUUCAGCGAAGAAAGAGAGAGGGACAGAGAAUCAGAAAAAGAACUGAAAUUCCAGGCGGGCAUGUGCUAUCUACGCGGCUUGUGCUUCGCAAAACGCAACGCCUUUGACCGUGCACGAGACUGCUACAAGGAUGCGGUUCGAAUAGACGUACAGUGCUUCGAAGCCUUUGACCAGCUUAUGAAGAAUUCGCUUAUGUCUCCUGCCGAGGAAUUGGCCUUUCUCGAGGAAUUGGAUUUCGACUCGAUACGCAUCGAAGACCAGUCCAUGGCACAGGAAGCCGCUCACUUCACAAAGCUCUUGUAUACCACCCGGUUGUCAAAAUAUUCCGCCCCCGAAACCCUCGCCAAUGCCACCGAAACUCUCUCAACCCACUACAAUCUGGCCUCCAAUCCAGACUUGCUCCUGACUCGAGCAGAGACCCUCUACACUCAAUGUCGCUUUCACGAUGCUCUUGCGAUCACCACGAGCAUCCUUAACUCGCAAAAUAGCCCUGAUGGCUCGGUCGACUCCUCGUCAAGCAGCACCAACGCUUCGCUCGGUCAUAGUCCACGCCUCUAUCCUUUACAUCUUGCCGUUCUGUACGAAACAGGGUCUCACAACACUCUCUUCCACCUCUCCCACACGCUGGCAGCUCAUGCUCCUCACGAAUCAUAUACUUACCUGGCCAUUGGCACGUACUACCUAUCAACAUAUCGCAUCCCUGAGGCCCGCCGAUUCUUCUCCAAGGCCUCACUGAUGGAUCCACAUUCCGCCGCGGCGUGGAUUGGAUUUGCCCAUACCUUUGCGGCCGAGGGCGAGCACGAUCAGGCCAUUGCAGCCUACUCGACGGCUGCAAGGUUAUUUCAAGGGAGCCACCUGCCCCAGCUGUUUCUAGGCAUGCAGCACCUAGCUCUCAACAAUAUGCAGCUUGCUUGGGAAUACUGCCUCGCGGCAUUCCAAAUGAGCAGUGGCACCCCCAAAUCGGGUUCGGAGGAUGAUUUAGCCAACAGGAUAUUCAAUAAUACUGCUAGUCUGGGCGGCGACCCUCUGGUGCUCAACGAAAUUGGCGUCAUAUUGUACCACCAGUCCAAUCUGCCAGCUGCUGCAAAGCUUUUUCACAAAUCCCUUCAGCUGGCCUCGGAUUUGGGAUGCAACAUGACGGCAUGGGUUGCUACAAGGGCAAAUCUAGCACAUUCAUUGAGACGAAUGGGAAGAUUUGAGGAGGCGCUUGCCGAAUUUGACGAGUGCUUGAGGACAGCCACUGGGGGAGCAGCUCCCGCAUCGGCCUACGAGCCAGGACGCGGAAUGACCGCCUUUGCCCAUCUCAGCCUCUCUGGCACCAGUACAGGCCUCAGUCCUAGUGGUGCAGCUAGUGGCUACGACGAGCGUAACCUCAUUGGGAGCAUCCACACCAGUCGCGGUUUGGUCCUUCUUAGCAUGGUUGGGCGUACAAAAGAGGCGGUAAUGGCUCUUCAUGAGGCUGUACGAGUCCUAGGUGGUGAUGCCGGUGGUGGUGGUGUCGCUGGGACGUUGCUGAGUCGUGCGUUGGAGUUCUGGGCCUUGGAAGAGGAUCAAGCUCCUGACAGCCUCGAAACCACAAUACAGCAAGGGUCGUUAGCACCUGCAUCAAAAGCCGGCACGGGGUCGAGGCGGAGAGGCCAGGAGGCUGCAGCAACACUUACAUCAGCUGAGCACAUGAGUAACGAACAGAAAAUUGGGCAACGAAUGGACGGACAUGCGAAUGAGAUUCUCGAUGCUGCACUGGGAUCUGUACGAUAAUAUGGUCUCGGGUGACAGGAUACCGAAUGGUGGUCUCUGGAUUUAUUGGAUGUGGUCGAAAUCAAGAGGGCCAGCCGAGCUCUGAGCUUCAGCCUCUUUACAGACAGCACUGCUGCAGUGUCGUCGAGUCCGGAAAACUGGUUAUUGGACUCUAUCGACAAGGGCAGAGGAUGUCCUAGGUCAUGUUGCAUUGAACUGGGUAUGCGGAGCUCGUGGUCGCCUGCAACGAGUCUGUGAUCCUGAUCGGGAGCCAGUCGCUUCCAUUCGCCUGCACAAAAUUUGAUUGUGGCUCAGAUGAAGUUUGGGAAAGGGCAACGUGGACUGCCGGCCUUGACGCUUUCAGUGAUAUCUUUAUUCUUCAAGGCAUUAUUAGUAUGGAAAUACUGUAGUAACGUGAAUACCUAGACGCGUUCAGAUGCCCCUGACGAGCAUUGUGGCAGUGAGGAAGACAUGAUGGUGUCUGUCUGAAAAACUCUCUGUUUCUGCUUUGCUACAAGAAAGAUAGAAAAUCAUGUACAGGCUUUGAGUGGCUGAUCAUCAAGCAGAAAGAGAAAGCCACCCAGUU